AUACAUCAUAUAUAUUCCAUAUGCGUAGCAAGUUUUCAUAAAAUACAGCAAAUACACAGCAAAUAAUAUACUGUGAAUGCUUAAGUGAUACUUAGGCUAUGUAAUGUGGUCAGCAGUUAUAAAUCGGGGUAUUUUAUAACGACUUAGAACUUGGCUGAACCAAUCACAAUCAAUGACCAGAACUGACCAUUUUAUAAUAGAUUAUAUACACACAAGGUGCAGCUAAAACUCAUUGUCUAAUUGCUGGGAUCAUAGGUACUGUUGUAAUGUAUUUCUAAGGGUUAUCUAGCCUUUGCAGUCCUUUAAUUGGCAGGUUGUAAUUUAAUGCUUUUUAAUCUACCUUGUGUCACUAUUAAAUAGUUAAAAUACUGACCAGUUUUUAAUGUUUUAAUGUUACAGAAUAUCCUAAAUAAUGGGUGCCCAGGUUUCCGUUGUGAAUCAAACUCCUUAUAACUGGCGCUUUGCCACCCAGGACAGAGGGUAUACACGCAUCGAUCCUGGCUGCACAACAACCUAUACGGAAGUGAAAUUAAUCCAUCGCUACAUCUACAUCAGAUAUGAAGAUAACACAUGGGAUAGCUUUAACUAUGAGUUCAACACCUUUAAAGGUGACACCUCCUUUAUCUUAAGGGAAACCUACGACCGUUCCCAGAUUCAGUUGGACUGCACCUCUGAGGGUAUCGUUCAUUACUGUCCCAACUACAAGAAAAUUGAAGAAGAUGAAAAACGGAGACAGCAAGAAGAGGAGGCAAGACGUCUUGUACGUUUGGAACGUGAGCAUAGGAUUCAACAGGAGCUGGAGAGAGAAAGUGAAUCGUCCAGACAAAAGCUUUCUCGAGCAACUGAGCGCCUCCGUGAAAAACAGAGCUUUAGAGGUCACGAGCAACAUCAUGAACGCACACAAGCUCUCCAUCAGCAAAUAGAAGAUGAUGCUGGUGCGAUCGAGAGGGACGAGGUUAUUGAUGUUGAAGAAAAAUUCAAAGAGCUUUUGUUAAAGUAUCAGAUCACAGAAGACAAAGACAUACAGAAGAAUCAGAUUUGGGAUAGGAUUAAGACACUCCAGAAUGAAUUUACAGUUCUAUAUUGUAAAGAAAACAACCUGUCAUUAUGGUCUCAGUUCACAUUUGAUCGUGCUAUAGGAUACAAUGAACUGUCUCUUACUGAGCAGCUCACAGUUCUUGAGGCAUCUCUACAGUUCAUUCUGCACAACAGCACUGAAGAUGCUAAAGAUGAUGGAGAUCAGCCGCUCGGCUGGGAGAAGAAGUACUACUUUCAUUUGGGCUUGGUAGAGCAGCUUUAUGCCACCAACCCAACUUUAGCCGAACACAUUUUAUUAAAUGUACUUGACAUGGUUUCAGAGCUUUCACCACAAAGUAAAAAAUGUUUAGGUCAAAUGUUGUUCAACAGAAUCUGGACACCAACAGAAAUAAUGCUCUUCAUUUGCAAUAGUCUGGCUAUAAAAUGCGAUCAACUCGAUUCAGUUCUUCACACAGCACUAACCUACCACCUGAACUGCAUCCUCGUUCUCUCUGCUCUUAGGAAUGAAAACCCCUUAAUGUUUCUUCAAGAACAAAUAAAAAAUGACAAGGAAAAAGAUGCUGAUACAAUUGUGAAUGAACUUCGUGAAGCAAACUGCCCAGAGAAAGUCUUGGUGGUGUUGAAAGAUGUGCUUAGAUACAUAGAGUCUGAACUACCAAAAUAUGAAUUGGUGGACCUUACCAAGGAAGAAAUCAACGACUUGAAAAACAAGAUAAAAUCUCUUAAUCUUGUAAACCCAGAUAUCAACAUUUUAAAAGAUGUAUCAAUUGGAAUGUCAAAAGCAGUGCAAGACUGCUCAACAAUCACAAAAGACAACACUAAGAUUCAAGGCUUUUUUCCAAGACGUACACAACUAGCAUCAUUGCUUUUGCUCCUCCUGGCACAGCUGACAGAAAAUAAAGGAUGUCUUCUAGAGAUUGGCACAGGUGAGGGCAAGUCCUGUAUUUUAGCCAUGUUUGCAACAAUUCUGGCCAUUCGAGGAAUAAAAGUGGACAUUGUGACAAGUUCUCCAGUUCUCGCCCAACGAGAUCAAGAGGAGUGGAAGAAAUUUUUUGAAAUGUUUGGUAUUACCUCAUCUGUAGUACCUCCACGCUACCCAAGCGCCCACUCACAAGAGGAACGAGAUGAAUGCCUUAAAGAUGCUUAUAGACAACAAAUAGUUUAUGGCACAGUAGGGGUCUUUGCAGCAGACAUACUUAAGCAGGAAUUUGAGAAGAGGAAGACUCGUGAUACACGGCAGUUUGAGCUUGUCAUAGUCGAUGAAGUAGACUACAUGACUUUGGACAAUGGAGUUCAAGUGACAUUCUUGUCCCAUGAAUCUGGUGGAUUUAGGCAUGUGGAGCAAGUGCUUUCCAACAUAUGGGCCAUGAUUUCUUGUUGUCAGCCAAUAGAAAUGUUUGAAACAGGGGAGAUAAAAUGGGCGACAAGAAUACAGUACUUUCAUAAAGCUGUAACAGCAGCUGUUAUGGGACAGGAGACAACCGACAGCUUUUCAGCAAAUGAGAUCUUGUUGCCUGGAGUGACUUUAGGAUUCUACACCCAGGAGAAUAUUGACAUGAUUAAUCAAGCAAAGAGCAAGAAAGAAAAUGAAGGUGAGGAUGCAAUGUCUAAAGCAUUAGCUGAAAUCAUGAAGAACCUUGGAGUUUUACAACAGUUUGAUCUUCUGAGUAUAUUUGAGGAGGUCUUGGAGUACAGUGCAGUGUUUAAGUGCUAUUCUCUAGAGAACAAGAAAGCAACACGUUUUGAAGCUCGGGAGAAACAAGGCGACAUUAAUGUUGAAAUGCUGCUGCUGGAAGGAGGACUGGCAUGCGAAAUCAUGUCUGAGAAAUCACUCAUUGAUGCAACUGUAAGCACAAUAAAAUCGUCCAUCAAGUACUCAAAUAACGUCAAAACAGACAAAGAAUCCAACAACUUCAUUGUCGUCCCUUUUUUCUUGAAAAACUAUGUUGAGAAUCAGUUGCCAGCUUUUGUGGAGAAUGCACUAAAGACUGUUCAGAUGUCACAGGGUCGAGAAUAUAUACUCGACACCUCACCAGCCGCUGAAAGAGACGUUGUUGCCAGUAAUGACAAGCACAUGUAUAACGCGAUAGUUCCAGUGGACUUCAAAGCAAGCGGUGUGUUGGAGAAAAACAAGAAAUGGGGUAAUGGUCUGCAGCAGUUUUUGGAGUUAAAGCACCAACUUGCAAUUUCACAGAUAUCAAACGUGACAAACUACAUGUCAAAUGUCCAUUUUUUCCAAAGGUACCUCAGUGGGAGUGGUAUAUUUGGUGUUUCUGGUACAUUAGGAGGUAAAGCAGAUCAUGAUUUUCUGGCAAGACAUUAUGAAGCAAAGAGCUGCAAUGUACCUGAACAUCGCCAAAAAAGAAUGGUGGAGCUUCCAGUCAUCCAGGUGAAAGGUGGGAACCACCAAUGGAUCCAGACUAUUUGCUAAACUACAUGGGAAGU